UUUGUACAAUUCCAAACACUUUCAUUAUUCUUCAUCCAUUUUAUGUUCUUCGGAGAGUUUCCAGGUGCUAGGGCUUGGUUCCACAGAUAACCCCACGUUCGAUUCGUUCUUCAAAGAACCCAUCAUGGUUUGGCAUCGAUCUUCAAUGCAAUAAUCAGGUUUCAAAUUUGCCAAAAGCCCCAACAAUCGAAGUGAGAAAGUGUAGAGAGAACUUGCCAAUUGAAUUGAGAACUUGUCGUCUGAAUUGCCGAGGGAAAUCAGUAGCUUAAUCUCUUCGAUUACCAAAUUUUUUCUGGUCGUCGCGCUCUUGCCUAAAGCAAGCAAUCGAAGACAGUACACCGGUAGCCAUCGAAACUCAGAAAAGCAACAAUCAGCCAUGGGAAAGGUUCAUGGAUCACUGGCUCAUGCCGGAAAGGUGAGAGGGCAAAUGCCGAAAGUGGCCAAGCAGGACAAGAAGAAGAAGCCCCGUGGUGGAAAUGGAGAAGGAUUACAAGAAUUUGAUGGGGAUGCAUUUAAAUCAUGUUGUAAUGGAUUUAGUUUAGAGGAAUUUGAUGGAAGCUAUUAUUCGUCACAGCCAUUAGAUAAAUGGUUCUGGAUUUCAAACUCAUUAACAGACUCAGUGAAUGUAGAAAUUACUAAUAUUGGGAAAGAAAAUAUCUGAGCAAAAGGGUGAAAAACAAGCAGGAUGAAAUGAUGGAUAAGUGUUUCCAGAUUUUUCAAAAUUCUGAUGGUACGAGUCCAGUGAGAAAAAUGAUGUUGAGAUAGUGCAAAACCAACUAGGUAUCAAGAAAGGAUAUCCCCGUGGGUUCGGACAUGGUUUCGUGAUUCCAAGCCAUCAAUGUGCAUCCUCAUCUUAUAAAGUGGGUAUCAGCAUCCAUCACCACCAAACUCUUACCUUCAACAGCUGCCACCACAUAAUUUUGAGGCUUUCUUAUGACUAGCUGAUAUCUAGUCCAUUUGUCUUUGAACUACAUAUUAUGUUGGGCUGUAUUUGGAUGUCUUUACAUUUAGUUUAAAAUGAUGCUCUGAUUUUGAACUUGUUGGAAGAGGUUUAAAGUUUAUUUUUAUAUUCUACAUGUCAUGCUUUUGAUAUUUAUCUAUGGUGCAUGUGGUAUAAUAUUUUGUGGGUUACUAUGCAGUUAUUUCUAGUUAAGAGUUUGAGUUUUUUUUUUUAUAAAGAAUCUGAGAAAUAAAAAAUAAAUAAAAACAUACAAACAUUGAUGAAAAAAAAAAAAAAGAAGAAAAAAAAAAGGGGGUAAUAGGGACGGUUUCUAGUUGUUACAAUUGUGAUAAAAAAAAAAAAUUAAAAAAAAAAAAAAGGUUAUUAGGGAUGGUAAAUAUUGUCACGAAAAGUUUACGUAUUAGUGAUGGUUCUAAAAACUGUCCCUAAUAUAUAACUUAUUAGUGACGGUACAUUCCGUCCCUAAUAACUUUUAGUGACGGGAUUAUUUGGGACCGUAACAACCGUCACUAAAGACCUAUUUUUUUGGUGACGGUCAUUUUUUACCGUCACUAAAGAUCUUUUGCGCCGCUCUAACUAGUGACAGAUGAUUUUGAUUUUUAGUGACAGUUUAAGGGCUUUUAGUGACGAAUUUGACUGUCACUAAAGACCUAUUUUCUUGUAGUUGAGAAAAAGUUGUCAAAAAUGACUCACGAUGAUGCAAAAGAGAUUUGCCACUCAAGAGGUAACUCAGACAAUAUACGUAAUUGUUGUCCCUUGAUAUUACUGAAUAAAUAAUGAAAUUGUUCUCUCUUGGUUGAAGUAUAAGAAGUAUGAGUUUUGUCCACUUAUAUUUGGUUGAAAUGGUUAUUUGGUACUCUAAUAAGGUCAUUUGAGUUAUUUUCUCUUACUUAAAGGAUAGUUUAGGCAUUUAAAAAAUAUUUCAUUGAUUACCUUUAAGAGUCAGAUAAAUUUGGACAAACCUCAAGAGUGUAGGGUUAUUUUGACAAAUCUAGGGGAGUUUGGGUAUUUCGCCCUAGUGAUUUUAGUGUGCUUGCCACUCAUGAAAGUGGGUCCCAAUUGGCCGAGGUUGAAACUUUAACCAACCCCAUCGUCUAGGCGAACCAAAGAGCGCCAAAAGAUGAUGUGUCGUAGCAAAAUUUUCAACUUUUCGCCUCAACUUUCUUUUGGGACUUUCGUCAAACACCUUCCGAUUUCAACGGUCAUAAACCUCAACAGAAUCAACAGAAAAACCCUAACCACAGCCAGAGUCCUCAACAACCCCCACUUUGAAACCCUAACUCCUAUCCAGAAGGAACAGAUUCAUCUCUACGUCAAUUCUCUUCUUCAGUGGAACCAGAGGAUGAAUCUUACUGCUGUUACGGACGAAAGUGAGGUGAUGGAAAGGCAUGUUGAGGACUCGCUUGCGAUUAUACCUCCCAUUCGGAGCUCAUAUAUCUCGCAUUGUGAAGCUUCAUGCGAAAACCUCAACCUUGUGGAUGUUGGAAGUGGUGCGGGGCUUCCCGGGUUAAUUCUGGCAAUUGCCUGCCCAAGUUGGAAAGUGACACUUUUGGAAUCUAUGAACAAGCGUUGCAUCUUCUUGGAGCAUACAAUUGGUCUGAUCGGUUUGUCAAAUGUGCAAGUUGUACGAGAAAGAGCUGAGAAUUUGGGACAAAAUAUUGGCUUCAGAGAGGUAUUUGACGUUGCAGUGGCCAGAGCUGUUGCAGAAAUGAGAAUUUUGGCUGAGUACUGUCUUCCUCUGGUUCGUGUGGGUGGUUUGUUUGUGGCUGCAAAGGGUCAUGACCCUCAGGAGGAAGUUAGAAGAGCAGAAAAAGCAAUUCGUUUGAUGGGUGCUUCUGUAUUACAAAUGUGCUCUGUGGAAUCACAUAGCCCACAUGGACAGAGAACUGCCAUUGUAUGUUUGAAAGGCAGCUCCACCCCUCAGAAAUAUCCCCGUGAUCCGGGUACUCCAGCGAAAUUACCAUUGUAAGUAACUUGGAUGCUCAAACAACCGGCUUUUGAGUUUUUCUAUUUGCAGUAUUAAUCUUUUGUGUGAUAACUUAGACUUCCAAGAUCUUACUUUUUACAUUUAAAUAGACAAUGAGAGGGAAAAAUGUCAUCAUUCAUUAAUGUGCAGUUGACAAAAUGCGCUCCAUUAAGGAGGUGAUGUGAUGUAAUUAGUUUGCAGUCGACAAUUAGAUACUUUUUUUUUCUGUAUGAAUAUAUCUUUUCAUCUUUUAAGGAUAUUCACCCCCGGCCCCCUUUUUUUUCAUU